GCACGUGCGUUCGCUUGCUUUGCUCCACAGGAGCGCACUGCCUUCGCCUGACAGAAGUCUGUCCGCAGAGCUCUGCCAUCUGAAGUUUCUCACUGCCUUUGUCACUGCUUGGGAAUUUCGUUUCGGACAUAAACGGGAGUAUCAUAUAGAGGAGCAUUGAUUUAGUAAGCCGGACGUUUCAAUUCUGCGUCCUUUUGCAAUCAGCAUUGGGAAUAUGCGUCUGUCCACCCGAAACCACCACGAGUAACGGUUCCUACGGAAACCUGGGGUUUAGUUCCCCUCCUGAGUGGAAUAGAGAACUUUUCCCUCUGUAUAUGAGGCUUUGGAUUAUUUAGAAAGGAAAAAAGAAUCAUGGUCCGACAAACGCUGGAUACAAUUUGGGAUUUUUAAGGUCAUAGAGCGUUUAGAGCAGCAUCGGUAUUUUAAGAGGACUAAGCAGAAUACAGUAAUUUGGAGGGAACAUAUGACAGCACGAGCGGCUUCCUUUAACGCACGCGGACUCCCUUUCAGAAACAGAAACAUGUAUAUCUAUAUCUACGGCUUUCUGCUCUUUUUAGAUGAGCUAGUGCUGUCCAUGUCGGGCUCGUCCGCUCUCUCUGAGUCUGGGCACCAAGACUCAAUGGACUGUUUAAGAGCCACCGAGAAGUGUAACCAGGACCAAAAAUGCAGCCAUCGCUUCAGAAUCAUGAGGCAGUGUCUGGCAGGCAAGGACAGGAACACCAUGUUGGCCAAUAGGGAUUGCCAGGUAGCCCUGGAAGUGUUGGAAGAGAUGGAUCUGUUCAACUGCCGCUGCAAGAGGGGAAUGAAGAAGGAAAUGCAGUGUCUGCAGAGUUACUGGAGCAUCAACAUAGGCCUGACUGAAGGUGAGGAUUUUUAUGAGCCAUCUCCUUAUGAACCCAUGAUGCCUCAUCGACAUUCAGAUGCAUUUCGCCUGGCGUCAAUCAUCUCAGGCAUACAUUCGGGCACAAGUAAAGGCCAGCCACACUGCUCAGAUCCCAGCCGCACAUGCAACCCUUGUCUGGACGCCACCAAAGCUUGCAACCUCAAUGAAAACUGCAAGCGUCAGCGCUCCAACUACAUCUCCACCUGUACCCGUGCGCAGACUCAGGGCCAACAACCCUCACAGUCUCAGUCACAGGAGAGCUGCAACAGAAAACGCUGCCAUAAAGCCUUGCGUCAGUUCUUUGAGCGCGUUGACACGCAAUACACCUACGGGCUUCUCUUCUGCUCCUGCAAGGACCAGGCCUGUGCUGAGAGGAGGAGACAGACCAUUGUACCCUCUUGCUCAUACCUAGACAAGAGCAAACCCAACUGUCUUCAGUUACGCAACACCUGCCGCAUGGAUGUACACUGCAGGUCACGACUGGCUGAUUUCCACACAAACUGUCAAAUGACCCCUCACUCCAUCAGCAGCUGCCUCAACGAUGACUACCAGGCCUGUCUUGCGUCUUACACCAGACUCAUUGGUACAGACAUGACUCCUAACUACAUGGACUCGGGUCACUCAAACUUUACCAUCUCCCCCUGGUGUUCCUGCAAAGGCAGCGGAAAUCAGGAAGAGGAAUGUGAGAAGUUUCUACAGGACUUCAUGGAAAACACCUGUCUGCGAAAUGCCAUCCAGGCCUUUGGCUAUGGGUCACUACCCAAGCCUGAUCCUCAUCCUACUACAAGCUCAGUGAAGCCUGAUCUUGAGCCCACCGCCAGUGUCCCUAAAACAACCAUGGAAACUGGGGAGGAUCCCUGCAUCAUAUCGUCCUGUCCGAAUUUAAACGAAUUUGAGUGCUAUCAAUCAAAAGACUACAUCUGCGAAAAUGAGGUUCCUGGCACAAGAGUAGAGGUGCCCACAAAUUCAGGUCCGGACACAAAAGCCCUAACUGAUGCUUUGAUUCUCGGUCUGUUGUUUGCUCUUGGAAACCUCACUAUGUAGAACUACCUGAGCUUCAUAAGCCAGCACAGUGAGGCCAAGGCUGAUGGAAACCCCCUCAUGAUCAUCUUCAGACCAAACUCACGCCUUUCUCCUUUACUGCAGCUUUCUUUCUUUCUUUCAAAUAAACACCAAACAGAAAGAACACAGAGACACAUAUCGAAAAGUCUGCUGCAUCUUUGCCAUGGCCGAUUGAGAAAGUUGCACAGCGAACAAGGAAACGGCCAAGAAACAGAUAUUGUGUACUUAGCCGCUUGAUUCCAAAGUCGAAGACCUGUAAGGCGCCUGAUUGGUGGACCUGCAACUAAAGACCCAGGCACAAAGCUUUCCAGUCUACUGUGCUCCUGCCGCCCACACCCCCCAUAAAAAGGGCGUCUCGCAACACCCAUCAGGGCUGAAUUAGCACUGUAUUACACCAUUCUCCAUCCCGGCCCAAUGCCCAUUUAUUGGAUUUGCCACGCUCUUCUUUGACAGCUGCUUUAGCUUUCUCAUUGUGAUUAUUCCUUUUCAGUUCUGUCUUUUUUCCUUCUUUUGUCCACCAGUCGAACAGGAGUAAUUACUUUCCAGUGGUUCUUUUAAACGUGAAGUGUUUGAAGUUUAAAUCUGUACCCUGUCGACACUGCGCAAGGUGGAUGUCACGGGCGACAGCUCUCUUAGUCACAUUCUCUAUUAGCUUGACAGAUUUGAAAAAGAAAAGGAAUGUUGAGAUGAAGUUGAUGAAAGCCUACCAGAGGAUCAACAGGAGAAGCAGAUCUUUGCAAGCGGCUUCCGUGUGGGUUCGCCAUGUCGAUGGGCUGCCCACACAUGUAUAAUUUUGUCUGUGAAUAUGAAUGUUUUUCUUUCCAAAAGUACAGCUGUUAAUUAUUAUGUGUUAUCUUUAAAUGAAAGACGAAGAGAAACCCUAGAGAAAGUUCUAGACGAGCAGCGGGAGUGACAAGAACUGCAUGACUGAGAAAAACCUGGAGGUGCUCAUACCACUAAGCAUUAAUAGUCGUGGCAUAAUCUGUCUUUGGUUCUACACUAGAAAAAGAAUUCAACCGUUUUGGGACAUUCAUCGUCAUGUGAAUCAUUGUGUGCAAUUUCUGAUGUGGCCUUACUCUUUGUUUUACCUCCUCAUUAUUUUCUAGCCGCUGUGUGGAGAAGGUCGAUGCAGAGUUUUGAUGUUCGGGAUGUUUCUAAAAAUGUACUCAACACAAUUCACAGGUUCAGUAAAUGCACUAGAAACAUAUGACUCUUUUAUCAACAUUCCAAACACUGAAGUUAUUAACAAACAGACAUCGAUUUAAAUACAUAUAAAUGUAAAGGUCAAAACUAAAAAAGAUUUAUAUAUUGUGUCCUAAGCUUGUUAUAUACGUACAAUUGCAAAGCAAAUGAUAAAUAUGAACAUUCUUUGUGUAAAUAUGACACUAAUGCAAUGGAAACACAUUAAAGAUAUGUCGUAUCAGUAGGGGAUCCAUCUGACAAAACAGAUAAACAUCAACAGGCAAACCUUUUUUUUUUUUUUCAUGAACAGAUUCAAUACUUUUAGUACCAAACGAUUUAUGAGUAUUCUAAGAUUACAUUGUUUCUAAAAGGAUGCAGUGAUGUAAUAAUCAGCUCUAUUUUACCAGAUGCUAAAAAAAAUUAAAUAAUAAUCUUUUCUCAUUUGGCGUGAAUGUUCCAAGACGUAAGGUCUUUGCACACUCUGUCCGAAAUUAUCAUCCGGAAAUUUCGCAUGUUAAAAAAAAAAAAAAAACGACCUCACGCUGUGUCAAUCAUGUUUACACACUGCCAAAAAAUUUGGAUCGGGUUGGAUUUUCUGUGUUUUUCGCAUCCGUAGCAAGCAUUUUGAGAGGUGUUUUGACAAUUCAGAGCCACCGAAUAACGAAUGCGAAAAAACGCAUAUGAAAAUUUCGGACUCUGUCUGCAAGGACCAUUACUUUUGUUGAAACAUCUGGAAUAUAGAUAUAUAUAAAUAUAAACAGUAUAUUUUUUUUAAGUAUGCUGCCUUUUUGAGAAAAAAAGUAUAUAUAUUUUAAGAGGCAGGUUUGUCAUUGUUGAGUGAAAACAAGAACACAUUCAAAUGAUCCUGUCACCAGACACUGAAAUCGCAAUCCUUGCUUUGAAAAUUUUCAAAACUGUGCUGUCAUAUUCGGUGGGAACAAAAGUAGCGAUGAAUGAAAUCUAAGAAACAAAAUGGGAAUUCUCUAAAAGGUGUCAGUUCACAUUUAGUCAUACAACCUCUUAACAAAAAAACAAAAAAAGCAAAAACAAAAUGAAUUUGAAUCUCAGUGUACCUGAGAUGAGAAGCAUCCGCCACACACUCCCAAAAACAGUGUUGAUACUGUAUUGUAUAUCAAAAAGGCCUACUGGGGUUUGGAUAAUGUUGUGACUGGUUGAUACAGAAGCGUGUGAUCGUUGAGUGUGUGUAGCCUACAUGUACAGUACGUUUGUGUAUAAGAUUUUUAGCUAUGGUCAGGCGGGGAGGGGAUUUGGUAUCAGGAUGAGACCAUUUGACGAAUGUAAGUUUCAGAUGCAAAGAAAUGAACUAUGAAAAAGAGUAGCACUUCACAGAGACAUUCAAUGGAGCUUUUGCUGUGUCACAUGACUUUGAUAAACCAUUGUGAUUUGAUCACCUCUGGAAUUAGCAGAGUUCUACGUCAUCUCAUCACUGCUUUGAUGUAAGGGUCACCUCCCUUUGUAGAAUGCUGUGAGCUCCAGAUAUGCUAAUGCUGUGCUUGUUUCCUGAUCAAUAAAGCCACUUCAAUUUUUU